UAAAAGCAUCGCUGGCACCUGUCAUUCGAUCCGCUACAGUAUACCACCUAACGGUCCUAUCACUCUAAUUCCACGGACUCGAUAAACCACUAAACAUCCACAAUGUCGACGAACGAGACCCCAGGAUCUUCCGCCGGCGCCUCCCUCGGUAACAAGAUCAAGAGCGCCUUCACGACCGCGCACGGCGCCGGCGAAUCUAUCCGCGGCAACGCGAUGGACGCCCUCGACGCCGCCUUCGGCACGCGUAAGCCCGAGAACGUCGCCGCCACGCGCCAGGGCGAGGCCGAGGUCCAGCAGGGCGUCGCCAACAUGGAUCAGAAGUACGGGAACGAGUACGCGGGGACGACGACGGAGCCCGCGGGCAACCCUCCGGUGGGUACCACGGGCGCGCGCGCGGCGGGGGUGACUGAGAACCAGAAUCGGCCUGUAGGGAGCGGAGCGGGUACGGCCGGCACCCUCUAG